AUGUCUUGUUACGACCUGUGCUCCACUGCCGUUGGUGGCAUCAACCGCCCCCAGCCCCUCGCUGACAGUGGGAAUGAACCGUGUGUCCGUCAGUGCCCCGACUCCACGACCGUGAUCCGGCCGCCCCCAGUCGUCAUCACCUUCCCCGGCCCCAUCCUCAGCUCCUUCCCCCAGGAUUCGGUUGUGGGAUCCUCUGGAGCACCUGUCCUUGGGGGUUAUGGGGGCUCCCUGGGCUAUGGGGCACCUGUCCUUGGGGGUUAUGGGGGCUCCCUGGGCUGUGGGGGUCUGUAUGGCUAUGGGGGCUCCCUGAGUUACAGGGGCCUGUAUGGCUAUGGUAGAUCAUCCCUGGGCUGUGGGGGUCUGUAUGGCUAUGGGGGCUCCCUGAGUUACAGGGGCCUGUAUGGCUAUGGUAGAUCCUAUGGUUCUGGCUCUUGCAGCCCUUACUCCUACAGGUACAACAGGUACAGCCGUGGCAGCUGCGGGCCCUGCUAA